UGACAAUCGGAAAAAUUAAUAGAGGGUUUUAGUUUAGCAGAGAAAGUUGUCUGGGACGUCAGGCAGCAGUCGCGCGGAGCAGACUUUGGGCGGCGACGUGCUCGUUCGUCGACAGUUUUUUGGGAUUAAACUGGGAGAAAUUCUUUCACACCCCAAAAGGUCACUUGAAAGAUUUUAGAUUUAUGCUGGAAAUGGAGAACCGGAAACGGGUGGUGUGCCCAGGUAACGAAGACCUUGUAUCGUGCUUGCUACAAAAGAGGAGAGAAUUGGCUGAUUCUCCCAAGGGGUUAUCUGAUAACUUGGAUAUGACUCUGUCUAAAGCAUAUAACAGCGUGUGUUGUGCCAAGACUCCCAUCAAAACCCUCAAGGAGUUCUCGCAGCUCAAGGGUGUUGGUACGUGGAUGGUGAAGCUAAUGAAAGGGUUUUUUAAUAGUGAUUCUGGAAGUCCUGAACCUGAGGACUUGACUGGCAAAGGAAAGAAAGCUAAUGCCAAAAGACGUUAUAUGCCCCAAAAAAAUUCUGUAGCAUAUGCAUUACUGAUUUCCCUUUACAGGGGGACUACGAAUGGCAAGGACUUUAUGCAUAAGCAGGAGCUGAUUGAUGCAGCUGAAGCAAGUGGACUUUCUCGUGCGCCAAUAGCUCCAGAAAAGGGAAAAGGCAAGGCAGCUCAUCUAGGAAGUUCCCCAAGGGACUUUUAUUCCGGAUGGAGUUGCAUGAAGACAUUGAUAACUAAAGGAUUAGUUGUCAAAUCAAGUUGCCCUGCAAAGUACUGCACGAGGGACAAGGAACUCAUCAAGUACAAGCUAACACAGGAAGGACGAGAAGUAGCAAGGGAAUGUAUGGUGAGAUCAUGCCUUCUAGACCCAAAGGAGACUGUAGCUGAUGCAGAGGAUUCUGCUAAUUUGGGCAUUGACAAUGCAGCAGAUAAGGAAUCAAUUCAGGCUACUUCAUCUGCUGAAGUUACCAUUCCAUCUGUGGACUUAAAUAGACAGGAGAGAUCUAUUAAUGUUCCAACUCAAUCCCUUGAGAGGUUUCUGCAUAUGGGUUAUUCCAAGGAACAAGUUUUUGAUGCCUUCAUUGAAGUUUCAAAAACUUCUGGUCGGAAGGAUAUCUCAUCACUCUGGCCAGCGGUCCUGUGUCAUCUUCGCGAAGAACAUAUUUAUGGUUUCCAUUCAGACUCUCAAACCCUGGGAAAUGAUUGUCAAGCAGAAUCAACUAAUCCAACGUAUAACCACGGUCAGGUCGUUUCUUGUGGCAGUCGGAAUAGUAAAAUGGAUUGGGGUCAUAGUAAUAAGCUCAAUGCUUGUUCUAUUGCUUUCUCAUUAAAUCUGAAAGCUUGCUCAUCAAAUGACUACACCAUGAAAUCGUCAAGUUCCGAUAACACUGAACAAAACAUGAGUGUUCUAAGCAUGCCACCUCUUGGAGUUGGCGAGAGGUUUGAGGAUGUAUAUGAAGUCCUCCUUAUAUUAGAUGACCGUGAGCAGUUUGCAACUCAGGGGACGAGAGGCAGGAAGCUUAUUGAUGGGAUGUGCAAUGAGCACGGAAUAAAAGUAGAGGUCAGGCGGUUACCGGUUGGGGAUGGAAUCUGGCUUGCUCGCCACAAAUACCAUUUUGAUGAAUACGUUCUUGAUUUUGUUGUCGAGCGGAAAAAUGUUGAUGAUUUGCGGUCAUCGAUUAGGGAUAAUCGCUAUAGAGACCAGAAAUUGAGACUUCAGAGAUGUGGACUUAAGAAGCUAAUGUAUCUUGUUGAAGGAGAUCCGAACUGUUGUGAUGGGGCUGAAAGCAUCAAAACAGCCUGUUUUACUACAGAGAUUCUGGAGGGCUUUGAUGUCCAGAGAACUACCAGUUUACCUGACACAUUGAAGAAGUAUAGCUAUUUGACCAAGUCCGUUUCUCAAUAUUAUCGCUCACAGAGAACUUGUGAUCGAUCCAACCAAUUCGCUACCUGCCCUCGGUUUUGUGAUUUCAUCAAGAGGUGUGAAGAACUAGACAAGAUGACUGUUGGUGAUGUGUUUGCUAUUCAGCUUAUGCAGGUUCCUCAAGUGACAGAGCAGGUUGCCAUGGCUGUUCUCGAUCUGUACCCAACGCUUCUGUCACUUGCCUGUGCCUAUUCGCUUCUUGAGGGAGACUUCCAUGCACAAGUGGACAUGCUAAGGAAGCAGAGCAACGACAUUGUAAGUCCAGCUGCGAGCAGAAACAUCUUCCAUUUAGUAUGGGGACAGUGAUUGAUUAACGCAAGUGUGGAAUCUCCACUGUUGGCAAAUUAAAGAAUUACCAUGAACUAGUCUAGUGUACCAAUGAAAAGAAGGCCACUGUAAUUGUAAGUCCCAAAGAAGCCUGUUUUCAAGUGGUAGCCACAACUAUGGGUGGAAGUUUGGUUUGCGGGUAACCCGCAAACCGCACACUUUGUGGAUACCCAUACCUACAAUUUGUUGAUAGUGGGUUGGGUGUGGGAGCAAAAUAUUGAUUUUUGUGGUUAGUGGUUAACCACUACCCACAGUGGUUUACCCACAAAACUCACAUUUGUUAUAUUUAUUUCUUCAAAUACUUUGUAACCCAC